GCAUCCUGCUGUUGCCGUUCUCUUGCAGUGUUCGCCAACGAGAUGUGCAUUCUCGUGUGUUUGAGUUAUGUGGAAAUCGAGGAAGCCAAAGACGAAGAUGAAGAUGAAGGCGAAGACGAAGACGAGGAAGAAGAAAAGAAGAAGAAAAGAAGAAAAGAAGAAACGACGUCGAAAAAAGAAAAGGGCGCUUAUCCCGAUCGGGAUAUCGCCAAGCCAUUAACCGCUUCGGGAAUGAUAAUAUUAGUCAUGGACAUGCUUAAUAAGAGAUUAGGUAACGUAACAGGGAGUCGUUGCGGAAAAACGCAGUACGGGAGUUAUUAUUGGAAGGUAUUAAAACAUCCACCAUCCAUUUGGACCUCAGGGCAACGGAGAGACAGCGGGAGCGAGGGCGACAGCGGCAAUACUGGACAAAAGGAGGACGAGACGAAGGAUGGGAAGGACCGGACUGCAGACUCUGACGGCCGACAGCGAAUAUGCAGCAGCAAGGAAGGCUCGUGA